AUGGCCGUCACCACCAAAGCAACCAUCGCCUCCUUCGGCGGCAAGCUGCUCAAGCUCAGCCACGCCGCCUCCACUACCCGCUGCGAAAUGAACUUCAACCUCUACCUGCCGCCGCAGGCCCAAACCCAGAAGGUGCCCGUGCUGAUCUAUCUCUCCGGUCUGACCUGCACCGCCGACAAUUGCUCCGAGAAGGGCUUUUUCCAACAUGCGGCGAGUAAGAAGGGCGUUGCGGUGUUGUAUCCGGAUACCAGUCCGCGCGGCCUCAAGAUCGAAGGCGAAGACGACGCCUACGACUUCGGCUCCGGCGCAGGCUUCUACGUCGACGCUACGAAAGCUCCUUACGACGCCGGGUACAACAUGUACAGCUACGUCACUGAGGAACUGCCCAAGACUGUCUUCGCGGCGUUCCCGCAACAGCUGGAUGGUAGUCGUGUGAGUAUUACGGGGCAUAGUAUGGGUGGACACGGCGCCCUGACUUUGUACCUGCGCAACCCUGGCAAAUACAAGUCCGUCUCUGCGUUUGCGCCCAUCGCCAAUCCCAUCAACUGUCCCUGGGGCCAGAAGGCGUUCAAAGGCUACUUCGGGGAUGAAGCCCAGGCGAAGUGGAAGGAGCACGAUGCUACAGAGUUGAUUAAGAAGUGGUCUGGUGGGCCAUUGGAUAUUCUGAUCGAUGUUGGAACCGGCGACAACUUCUACAAACAAGGCCAACUCCUCCCCGAAAACUUUGAAGCUGCUGCCCGCGAUGCUGGUCUUUCCGGUGUGCAUGUGCGCUACCAGCCGGACUAUGAUCAUUCCUAUUUCACGAUGGCUACCUUUUCAGAUGAUCAUGUCGAGCAUGCGGCGAAGUACCUCUUUGCAUAG